AUGGAGGAUGAAGUAAUGGUUUGGUUCUUAAAGUGGGGAAUACAAUCACCUGGCCAUGUUGCAAAUCUUCUUCCUCCCCCAAAACUUUCUCAAAAUGUUGCUCUUCUAGGCUCACAUGUGGAUCGCGACUCUCGCCAUGGUCCUUCUCGUGAUCACCGUGAUUCACUCUUUGAUGAUGAUUAUGUGUUUUUUUCUAGCCUUUAUGGGCAGGCCUUACGGAAGGAAUUGAACACUCUGGCCCAUUAUGCUAAAUGGGCUUAUGUCACUUUAUCUCUGGUUGGAUCCGGCUGCUAUGAAGCUCUUUGGACAGACUAG